UCACCGGGUCCUAAGGUUGGGUCCCGCUCUAUCUCCGGCGGCCCGCCCUUUGCGCUGGAGGGGGCGGUCCCGCCUUUCGGACCUCGAGGUUCCCUUGGGUAGAGCGCCCGGCCGUCGGUGGAAAGCGGUCUGGACGGGUGAUGGCUGCCACGCGCGCAGAGUCCCGCGCCCGAGAGAUAUUCGCCACGCUGGAGUACGGACCCGCGCCGGAGAGCCACGCAUGCGCGCUGGCCUGGCUGGACACCCAGGAUCGGUGCUUGGGUCACUAUGUAACUGGAAAGUGGUUAAAGCCAGAAAACAGGAAAUCAGUGCCUUGCCAGGAUCCCAUCACAGGAGAGAACUUGGCCAGCUGCCUCCAGGCACAGGCUGAGGAUGUGGCGGCAGCCGCAGAGGCAGCCAGGGCCGCGUUGGAGAACUGGAGCGGCCUCCCCGGAGCCUCUCGGGCCAAACACCUGACCAGGCUGGCCAAGAUGAUCCAGAAGCACCAGCGGCUGCUGUGGACCCUGGAAUCCCUGGUUACUGGGCGGGCUGUGCGAGAGGUUCGGGACAGGGAUGUCCCGCUGGCCCAGCAGCUGCUCCAGUACCAUGCAGUUCAGGCACACAUCCAGGAGGAGGCGCUGGCAGGCUGGGAGCCCAUGGGAGUAAUUGGUCUCAUCUUGCCACCCACAUUUUCCUUCCUUGAGAUGAUGUGGAGGAUUUGCCCUGCCCUGGCUGUGGGCUGCACUGUGGUGGUCCUCGUGCCCCCGGCCUCCCCAACGCCCCUCCUCCUGGCCCAGCUGGCCGGGGAACUGGGCCAAUUCCCAGGAAUCCUCAACGUGCUCAUGGGCCCUGCCUCCCUGGCGCCCGUCCUUGCCUCCCAGCCCGGGGUCCAGAAGGUGGCCUUCUGCGGAGCCAUCGAGGAAGGACGCGUCCUUCGGCGGACCCUGGCGGGCAUGGGUCCCGAGCUGGGCCUGGCACUGGGGACCGAAUCGCUGCUGCUGCUGACGGAGGCGGCCGAUGUGGACUCAGCCGUGGAGGGCGUCGUGGAUGCAGCCUGGUCGGACCGCAGCCCGGGGGGCCUCAGGCUCCUCAUCCAGGAGUCUGUGUGGGAUGAGGCGAUGAGGCGGCUCCAGGUGCGGAUGGCGCGGCUCUGGGGAGGCCGAGGGCUAGACGGGGCCGUGGACAUGGGGGCCCGAGGGGCUGCUGCACGUGACCUGGCCCAGCGGUAUGUGCGAGAGGCCCAGAGCCAGGGUGCACAGGUGUUCCAGGCUGGCGAUGUGCCCCUAGACAGCCCGUUCUUCCCCCCAACCUUGGUCUCUGACCUGCCCCCAUCCUCCCCGUGUGCCCAGGCAGAGGUACCAUGGCCUCUGGUCGUGGCCUCCCCGUUCCGCACAGCCAAGGAGGCACUGGCCGUGGCCAACGGGACGCCCCGAGGAGGCAGUGCCAGUGUGUGGAGUGAGAGGCUGGGGCAGGCCCUGGAGCUGGGCUACGGGCUCCGGGUGGGCACAGUCUGGAUCAACGCCCACGGCCUCAGAGACCCUGCGGUGCCCACGGGCGGCUGCAAGGAGAGUGGGUCUUCCUGGCACGGGGGCCUGGAUGGUCUGUAUGAGUACCUGCGACCCGCAGGGACCCCUGCCCGGCUGCCCUACCUUUCUGAGAAUCUGAACUAUGACACCUUUGGCCUUGCUGUCCCCUCAACCCUCCCGGCUGGGCCUGAAACAGGUCCCAGCCCGGCACCCCCCUAUGGGCUCUUCGUGGGGGGCCGUUUCCAGGCGCCUGGGGCUCGCAGCUCCAGGCCCAUCCGGGACUCGCAGGGCAAUGUCCAUGGCUACGUGGCCGAGGGCGGAGCCAAGGAUAUCCGAGUCGCUGUUGAGGCUGCUCACCAGGCUGCCCCUGGGUGGGUGGGCCAGUCCCCGGGGGCCCGGGCAGCCCUGCUGUGGGCACUGGCAGCCGCCCUGGAGCGCCGGGAGCCCACCCUGGCCUUGAGGCUGGAGAGGCACGGAGUGGAGCUCAAGGCCGCCAAGGCGGAGGUGGAGCUGAGCGUGAGGCGGCUUCGGGCGUGGGGGGCACGCGCCCAUGCCCAGUGCCACAGCCUGCAGGUAGCUGAGCUGAGAGGCCCUGUGCUCCGACUUCGGGAGCCGCUGGGGGUCCUGGCUAUUGUGUGCCCGGACAACUGGCCCCUGCUUGCCUUUGUGUCCCUGCUGGCCCCUGCCUUGGCCCAUGGCAACACCGUGGUUUUGGUGCCCAGCGAGACCUGUCCCAUCCCCGCCUUGGAGGUCUGCCAGGAUAUGGCCACCUUGUUGCCAGCCGGCCUGGUGAACGUGGUGACCGGCGAUCGGGACCACCUGACCCGCUGCCUGGCCUUGCACCAGGACGUCCAGGCCCUGUGGUACUUCGGAUCUGCCCAGGGCUCCCAGUUUGUGGAAUGGGCCUCAGCAGGAAACCUGAAGCCCGUGUGGGUGAAGAGGGGCUGCCCCCAGGCCUGGGAUCAGGAGGCCGAAGGAGCAGGCCCAGAGCUAGAGCUUCGGGCAGCACGGACCAAGGCCCUGUGGCUGCCCAUGGGCGACUGACACCUGAGUGCAGCCCACUCCAUCUCGGACGAAGAAGAGUUGGACCACCAACAGGCUCCAGAUGCCUGGAACUUUCCCCUUGGAUGUCCAGGCCCUCAAAUAAAUUCUGACCAACCUUG